AACAAGGAAGUCAUCUCUCGCGCGGGCAUCCAUCGAGCCGGAGGUACUCAAGGUUGCAUCCGCGGGGACUGAAAAGGCCAGGAACCCGUGGAGCACCGAUCGCAGGAUGAGAACACUCGACCCGAUCGGCCCUCGCCGCGCCCAGGCCAUUUUUAGACGUGAGUCAGCAAGCGAAAGAAAGACUGAACAAAACAGGAAAUCGGCAAGAUAACCUUGGAAGCACUGGAUGCAGCAAAAUAAGAACAAUGGAUCUCAAGUUCAACAACUCCAGGAAGUAUAUUUCUAUCACCGUCCCUUCCAAAACCCAAGCAAUGUCACCACACAUCAAGUCAAUAGAUGACAUCGUGGUCCUUGGCAUCAAUCUCAGCAGAUUUAACAAACUUACUCAGUUUUUCAUAUGUGUUGCCGGGGUUUUUGUAUUUUACCUAAUUUAUGGAUAUUUACAGGAAUUAAUAUUUUCAGUGGAGGGUUUUAAGUCCUAUGGCUGGUACCUUACGUUAGUGCAGUUUGGGUUUUACUCCAUAUUUGGCCUGAUAGAACUUCAGCUUAUUCAGGACAAAAGGAGAAGAAUACCAGGAAAAACCUACAUGAUAAUAGCUUUUCUAACUGUGGGUACUAUGGGGUUAUCAAACACUUCCUUGGGCUACCUGAAUUAUCCUACCCAAGUCAUCUUCAAGUGCUGCAAAUUGAUUCCUGUUAUGCUAGGAGGAGUUUUUAUUCAAGGAAAGCGAUACAAUGUGGCAGAUGUGUCUGCUGCGGUAUGUAUGAGCCUCGGCCUAAUAUGGUUUACCUUGGCUGACAGCACAAUUGCGCCAAACUUCAACCUAACAGGCGUGAUCCUUAUUUCCCUGGCACUAUGUGCAGAUGCUGUCAUUGGAAACGUCCAAGAGAAAGCUAUGAAACUGCAUAAUGCUUCUAAUUCGGAAAUGGUUCUCUAUUCGUAUUCAAUAGGUUUUGUGUAUAUUUUAUUGGGAUUGACAAGCACUAGUGGAUUACGCCCUGCAGUAACAUUUUGUUCACGGAAUCCAGUUCGGACCUAUGGUUAUGCUUUCCUUUUUUCCCUCACUGGGUAUUUUGGAAUCUCUUUUGUUCUGGCUUUGAUUAAAAUUUUUGGUGCACUUCUUGCUGUAACAGUGACCACAGGAAGAAAAGCAAUGACCAUUGUACUUUCAUUUAUAUUCUUUGCUAAACCAUUCACAGUUCAGUAUGUAUGGUCUGGUUUGUUAGUUGUCCUUGGUAUAUUUCUCAAUGUUUACAGCAAAAAUAUGGACAAGAUAAGACUACCAUCACUACAAGGCCUGAUAAACAAAUCAGUGGAUGAGAGAAAGUCAAGGAUGUUGGCACAAACUGUGUAGGCAGUGAUUCAUACUGUUCAAAAUGGAAUCUUGUGGGAACAAUCGUCAAUUAACUCUACAAAGGGAGUAUUAUAAAAAUGAAAGGCUCUGAAGGCAUGCUAUCCAUUUGUGGAUGGAUUACAUAUGAUAAAGUUGUUUUAUGAUGUCAGCCUUUUCUUCAGAACACCAUGACUUGUUGACCUCUGAAGCAAUCAAGAAAGCCAUUGUCUGGCAUACCUUAAGAAUAAAAUGUCAGUAGAAGGACUGAAAUUGUUAGCACUUCAAUGAGCAUUUUCUUUGGACAUGGACCAUGUUGCAAGACUAAUUGGAUGUCAUUUAUGACAUAUCAAAGAAACUGAUACGUAAUAGAUUGUUUUGUCUUCAUUCCAUUUUGGUGGUAUUAUUUAAAUUGAUUCUCUGUUAUAAGAGUGAAAUGAUUGAAACUCUAGAGAGAAUAGCAUUCAUUAUAAAUAAAAGUUAUUCUGUGAUUUUU